AUGGUUGAAUCUCCCGAAUCCUCCAAACCGAAUCAACAGCUUCCAGGUAGUUUCCUUUCCAAGCUAUGCUUCGACAUUCGUAGAUCAAUUUACGAGCAACUAAUCCUGGAUCUCGGGCCAAUUUUGCACAUCGCAGUGACAGAUGUACGACCAGGGAGACAGAAUCCAAAGCAUUUUAAGCAAGUACUUCAGCCUUGUAUUGCUGGACCAAAAGGCCAUGUUGGUCUUGAACAUUGGGGCGGCUGGGAAUCUGCACACACAAAGUGCAUAGAGUCUUUUAGCUGGGGAGUAGGUGGCUCCAGUGAUCAAACGGGGAUAGUGAGAGCGGUAUAUCAAUCAUGGAGGAAAUCGGCGCCUAAACCAUGGAAUCUGAUUUCGCUUCUAUUGAGUUGCAAGUAUAUAAAUGCUGAAUUCAUUGAUGUUAUUUACACCUUUGCAACUUUUGAUCUGAUUGGGCUUCAAUGCGCGACUCGCUUCCUGACAGAGGUUCCACAGGAGCAACUUAAUCAAAUUCGAUCUCUCCGCAUUUCCCACAAAAUAGAGCAUCCGAUUUACACAUGUUUUCACUACGAGCCCAAGGACUCUCCCGCCUUCAAAAGGCAACAAGAGAAAGAUCAAGAACUUGCAAGAUGGCAAGCUAAACAUUUGGUUUACAUUGGCGACGUACUCUCAAGAACGAAAGGGUUGAAGGAUUUACAUGUCACCUUCUAUGAUGUUACAGGUCGCCGUUUGGAGAUGUCCCUCCUGUACCCUUUGGCGUGGAUCGAGAAUGUUGAGAAUUUCCAGGUGGAUUUGCCAUGGGCAUUGGAACGUGCUGUUAACCCUUACAAUAAGAACGCAACGCUGCCAUUUAACAUUCGAAGGCCAUCACUAGAGGAAGAGCCUGCAAUUGAAGCAGUUUUCGAUAUGCGGAAGUUUGAACUAUGGAUGUUCAAGUUGGGGCGCUUCUUAAGACAUCCAUAUCUUUCGCUUCGAUGA